AUGGGAGGAAGAAUUGGUGGUUCGAUAUCGUCGAGGGUUUUCUGGGAUUCCUGUUCCUUGCAGAGAGAGAGGUGGGAGAAUUCGAUGGCGUCUUCCGGGUUCCUUUCCCUUGCCGAGAGAGAGAUGGGAGAGCGAGCUCCGUUCAAGAUAAUUCUGACUCUCCUCUUCAGCUCCGGCCCCAGGUGCGUGAAGGCGACGUGGACCUGGUCGACGGUGUCUUCAUUCACAGUUCCGGUCGACAGUUCUGAACCUCUGGCGAUUCCGACUGAGAAAGAGGUCAAUAACAGCAAGGAGCUUGAAGGGCUCUCAGAUCCGAUGAGGAAGGAUGUUUCACAAGUUCAUAAGAAGAUCAAUGCGAUUAACAAAGAGUUAAAGUCACUAGGACAUACCUGCCAGAAGAAGGAAAAGGAAUACAGAGAUGCACUUGAGGCUUUCAAUGAAAAGAACAGAGAAAAAGUGCAGCUUAUCACAAAGCUAAUGGAGCUGAUGAGCGAAAGUGAGAAGGCAAAGAUGAAGAAGCUUGAGGAGCUGAGCAAGAACAUAGAAUCAUUAAAGUGAAGAAAUAGCAGCCUAUGUGGGUAACUGAUGAUCUGAUUAGGUUUGUGUGAUGAUUUAUUUAAGGUGAGUUUUUUUUAUGUUUACAUAUAUGGGUGGUGAUUGGCAUUUGGUGUAAUUUCUAAGUUGGUUUGUUUCCUUAAUUUGUGCUUGGUAAAAACGUUUGGCUGAUUUAGGCAGGAAAAUAACCUUUAAAUUUAAACAGGUUUGUAACUAAAAGCACCUGGCCUUCCAUUUUUCUUCUCAUUUUUCCUUGUAUCCAAACACAUACUACCCUACUUCCUAGUGUAAUGUGGGGUUCUUUGAAUUUAUUCCUAUUCUUUGUUCUAACUUUUUAUGGAUUGCAAAGGCCAUGAUAUUUAUGUAAUAAUGUAAAGUUUUAUGAGUGAUUUUGGGACAAAUGGAGUGUAUUUUGUUCAAUUUUUCUUCA